UGCUCCUUUUCGCAACUGUCUUAUCUCGACAUCGACUUGCACGCCGAACAGACCCAGGACCGACAUCAUGAAUUCGCUAAAGCAAUGGGUAACAAACUCAUCAGAAGCCAUCAACAUCCGUCUUGUCAAGGCAGGGCCUGGCAACGGCGACGAUGAGGACGAGCAGGAUAUCAUUGAGUUCAACCCUGUGUACACCUACCCAAUGUUUGGAGAACAAGAGCAGAUUUUCGGAUAUAAAGACCUGGUCAUCAACCUCGAGUUUGCAUCAGGAUCACUCGCGUCCUGCUUCAGUAUGGGUUACAAGGACAAGAAACCGACCGCCGAUAAGAUUUAUGCCACCAUGAAAGACUUUUUGCCCAGUGACAUUAUCGACAAUCACGACAUGUUCAUUCAGACCGCACAAAGAGACUACAAAGAAUUCAGACCCAUGGGCACAAAGGUGGCAGAGUAUACGACCAACCAUGAAGGGGCCGAGAACAGCGUUUUUGAAUUCUACAAGGCUACGUUCGACACACCACGAUUUCUCGAAUACCAUAAGAGACUUCAGUGCUUUGCGAUCUUUUUCAUCGAGGGUGCUUCAUUAAUUGAGGAUACGGAUGAAAAGUGGCAGAUUCGGCUUUUAUUCGAGCGAGUUUCCGAGAACGGACAGGACACAUACAACUUUGUGGGGUACUGCAACAUGUACCCUUAUUACUACUACCCGGACCAAAUUCGAAUGAGGAUCAGUCAAUUCUUGAUUUUGCCACCAUACCAACAGCAGGGGCAUGGAAGCAGGAUGUAUCAGUCACUCUACAACGAUUUCUGCAGCCGCAAGGAAAUUCGAGAAAUGACAGUUGAGGAUCCGAAUGACGAUUUCAGCGAUCUGAGAGAUAAGAACGAUAUGAAGCACUUGACUGCCAAGGGCGUCUUCAAGGAUCUGCAGGCGCCGAUCAAAAAUGAUAGGAUAGAGCAGGUCGCGAAAGAGUACAAGCUGACCAAGAGGCAAGUAGCGCGCUGCUUUGAACUGGCAUUAUUGAAGAACUUGGACAAGCGGAAUAAGGCGCAGUACAAGGCUUUCCGGCUUCAGGUCAAGGGACGCCUCUACAAGCACAAUGCUGAGGCUUUGGCGACCCUUGACAAGGAAGACAGGAUCGAGAAAUUGCACGAGACGUUUCUGGGCGUCGAAGAGGACUAUCACCGAAUUCUUGCGCUCUUGUGAAGACACCUGUUGUCUUUCCUCACCAUCAUUUACAUACAAGUACAAAUAAUAAAUGCCAAUCGCCUGCAAGGAUUCUGAAACGAAUAAAGUUAUGGGGGCA